AUGUCCGCGCAGGUGAUCAUUAUCGGUGGCGGUAUGGCCGGUAUUAAAACGGCCAUAGAUUUGCUCAAUGCUGGUGUAACCGACGUUUUGAUUCUUGAGUCUAGAGACCGUUUGGGUGGAAGACUAGUAUCAGUGCCCAGCACCAAAAACCCCAGCGUUUGCUAUGAUUUAGGUGCUCUGUGGUUCCAUGACGCAUUGAUUAAUCCGCUUUAUGCAAAAGCAAAGAAACUCGGGAACGUUCGUGUAUUCUAUGAUGAUGGAAAACACAGAGUGGUGUCUGAAAGUUUAGCUUCUGUGCCUGAGCACGAUAUACAUGCGAUUAUGAUGGAAAUGCGCGCUUUUGCUGGAUUGUUGUAUUCUGAAAAUCCUCUGUUGCCGGAUAUGUCCGUGCAGCAAUUAUCCCAAUUGUAUCUCGAGCGCCAAAGAAGCACUUUAACUGAACACCAAAUGAAGUAUGCGCCUCAAUUGCUUCGUAUGUGGGAUGAAAUGUGGGGCGGAGUGCUGUGGGAUAAGGUUUCUGUGAAGCAGGCCUAUCUUGCCGAAGGUGAGGAUCAUGUAGGCCGCAAUGCGUUCGUGUGCAACGGAUAUCGCACUGUGUUCGAGAAUGAACUCAAUGAACUUCCAGAGUCUUUUAGAAAGUCUAGAAUCAAGUUAAACGUGACUGUGGAGACGCUUGACUACAGUGACCCAACUUGCGUGUCACUCACCACAGUAAAUGGAGAUCUGUACAAAAGUCAGUACGUGGUUGUCACGAUUCCCUUCAAUGCAUUAAGUAGCGCCAAGCCAAUGCUCAAGUGGACGCCCGCGCUUCCACAACAUCUAGCCCUGGUAUUUUCAGAGGACACUCGCGGCCUGUUGGGAAAGGUAAUCUUAGAGUUCGAUGAAUGCUUCUGGCCAAAAGAUAUCCACAGGUUCUAUUGUUUGGCAUCGAAUGAUGAUCCUUCUGGUGAACCUCGCCCAUGGAAACAUCCAACACUUAUCGUCAACUAUUAUGCAAUGACGCAAAUCCCAUCUUUAGUCUUCUUGACCCAAGACCCACUUUCUAGUCAAAUUGAAACAUUGAGCAAACAACAAAUUUGGGAUCUUUUUAAACCUGUCGUUGAGCAAAUUGCUACUGGACCUAUCGAAAGGCCGAUUGGGAUCCUCAACACUCCUUGGAACAAUGAUCCGCUCACGCAAGGUUCUUACACAAUGGCUAGAGUUGGAUGCAGCUCAUCAAGCGAUAUUUGUGGAGCUUUGGCCAAAGGGGUGAAUAAAAGGGUUCGCUUCGCUGGUUCUGAGACAUGGGCGGGCAGCGCCAACGGUUGUGCGCAUGGUGCCUGGUAUAGUGGUGAAAGAGAGGCUGCCUACAUUAUUGAUCAAAUCCGCGGAAUAGGAAAAAGUCGCCUUUAA